CGUGUUCAACCACCAAGUCUCUCCACCCCCCCCCACCCCGAGCAAAGCUGCUGUCGCUUCGCAAGCUUGUUGUUCAGUGAGUGUCAGUGAGGCGAGCAAACAUGGCGGAACCCCUCAGCGAGCCGCAUUGAUUCUCUCCAGCACGUCGCUAGAUAUCCCCAUUUUCCGUCGGUAAAAUCUGAUCUACUCGACCCACAAACGCCCUUCCCACCAAACAAGCUCUCAUCUACCGCUCACUGGCUGCAGCGCUCGGGUUCACAUUUGGAAGUACAGUGAAGCAAACGCUUAGUUGGAAAGUAUUGCCUUGACUGCAGUACAGGAUGGUUUACUGACCAAGACUUUAUUCAUUUACUAAACUUGUACAUAUGCCUGGAGUGUUGGAGUUCCUGGGGACUGCCUUUUUACUCAUUUGGAAAAUUUGACCCAUUAUCAUUUGCUACAACUGUGGACAGUCUAAAUGAUGACCUCUCAAAGCCAUUCAGAAUCGUUUAUGUCUGGGGAAGAGAAGUAACUAUUGUAGCGGCCAUUACGUGAAGUCUCAUGUUACAAAGGAUAUACCAGUAGAGUUAAAUUUUGAGAGGAUCCCAAUUUCCAGGUUAAAAUCAGAACAGCUCUUCCCAAAGAUGAUGGACUUUCUGGUCGAGAUCAGUCGAUUGAGUUGCUGACCCCUUCAAGAGUGAAUCACAUGCCCAGUACUGUUGAUAUAAGCACAGCAUUGCCUCCACAAGUCCAGCCCAGUACACCAAUGGAUCUUCGCCUUGAUCAUCAGUUUCCAGUGCCAGCUGCUGACCCCAAUGUACAAGAACAACAACUACAACAAGAACUCAUUGCUCUGAAACAAAAACAGCAAAUCCAACGUCAACUUCUAAUAGCAGAAUUUCAGAGACAACAUGAGCAGCUCUCACGACAACAUGAAGCCCAACUGCAAGAACAUAUAAAGCACCAGCAGGACUUGCUUGCACUGAAGCACCAACAAGAAAUUUUGGAACAACAGCGUAAACUGGAACAGCAUCGUCAAGAGCAGGAGAUGGAGAAACAACACAGAGAACAGAAACUAAUGCUGCUAAAGAAUAAAGAGAAAGGAAAAGAAAGUGCAGUAGCAAGUACAGAAGUGAAAUUAAGACUUCAGGAGUUUGUCCUGAAUAAAAAGAAAGCUGCAGCACACAGGGCGAUAAAUCAUUCCAUUCCAAAUGACCCAAGAUUUUGGUACGGAAAAACGCAGCAUGGCUCAUUAGACCAGAGUUCGCCACCUCAAAGCAGCAUAUCUGCCUCAUACAAUCAUCCAAUGCUAGGGAUGUACGAUCCCAAAGAUGACUUCCCGCUCAGAAAAACAGCGUCAGAGCCAAACUUAAAGGUACGCUCCAGAUUAAAACAGAAAGUGGCAGAGAGAAGAAGUAGCCCUUUACUUCGAAGAAAGGAUGGCAGCGCCAUAACCACACUUAAAAAGAGACCCAUGGAUGUUCCAGAUUCAGCUUGUAACAGUGCUCCUGGAUCUGGCCCAAGCUCCCCCAACAACAGCUCCAACAACAUCACUACAGAAAAUGGGAUUACAGGAUCAGCAACCAACAUGCCAACGGAGUCUACAAUGCCUCACAAACUCGUUACUCGAGAUGGCUCAGUGACACAAUUGCCUCUGUAUACUUCGCCAUCUUUGCCCAACAUAACUCUAGGUCUGCCAGCCACAGGUCCCUCUAGUGGAGCCUCUGGGCAAGCAGAAGGUGAAAGAGUGGGCAUACAAGGACUCCCAUUGAACACUCCAUUUAUUGCUGGUACUCACCUACCACAUUACAUCACCACUUUGGAUAAAGAUGGCAGUAGUGGGCACACACCUCUCUUGCAACAUAUGGUCUUACUGGACCAAUCUACACCACAAAGUCCACUCAUAACUGGAUUGGGAGCAUUACCCAUUCACCCCCAAUCGCUCGUUGGCCCAGACAGAGUUUCGCCUUCCAUACACAAGCUUAGACAGCACCGUCCGUUAGGGAGGACGCAGUCAGCACCGCUGCCACAGAAUGCACAGGCCUUACAACAGCUGGUCAUACAGCAGCAGCAUCAGCAGUUCCUGGAGAAACACAAACAGCAGUUCCAGCAACAACAGAUUCACAUUAACAAGUUGAUGCCAAAGCCUAGCGAGCAGCCAAGGCAACAUGAAAGUCACCCUGAAGAAACAGAAGAGGAGCUCCGAGAACAUCAGGCCAUGCCAGAAGAACCAUACUCUGACAGAAAUGUCAAUCAGAAUGAGUCUACAGCUAUGAACAAGGUGGUACAGGUAAAACAAGAGCCAAUUGAAAGUGAUGAGGAAGAGGAAGAGCAACGAGAGCAGCUGGAGCAAAGAAAGAGGCAGGCAGAGCAACAGCAGGAACUACUCUUCAGACAGCAAGCGCUUCUCCUGGAACAGCAACGUAUUCAUCAGCUUCGCAAUUAUCAAGCAUCCAUGGAAGCUGCAGGGAUCCCAAUAUCAUACAGCGGGCACCGUCCACUCUCCCGAGCGCAAUCAUCACCUGCUUCUGCUACCUUUCCUAUCUCUGUUCAAGAACCACCCAGUAAACCUCAGUUCACUACAGGUCUUGUAUAUGAUACACUGAUGCUAAAACAUCACUGUACCUGUGGAAAUACAAACAGCCAUCCAGAACAUGCGGGCAGAAUCCAGAGUAUCUGGUCCCGACUCCAAGAGACAGGCCUACGCAGCAAAUGUGAGUGUAUUAGAGGAAGGAAAGCAUCUCUGGAGGAGCUACAGGUCGUCCAUUCGGAGCAGCAUGCAUUACUUUAUGGCACAAACCCACUGAACAGACAGAAGCUUGAUAGUAAGAAACUGCUAGGUUCCGUCACUCCAAUGUUUGUUAUGCUUCCUUGUGGCGGUCUUGGAGUUGACAGUGAUACAAUUUGGAAUGAGAUCCACUCAUCCAGUGCUGCACGCUUAGCAGUGGGCUGUGUAAUUGAACUUGUUUUCAAAGUGGCAACUAAGGAAUUAAAGAAUGGAUUUGCAGUUGUAAGGCCUCCUGGACACCAUGCAGAGGAGAGCACACCAAUGGGAUUCUGCUACUUCAAUUCUGUGGCCAUUGCUACUAAACUCCUACAGCAGAGGUUGAAUGUCAGCAAAAUCCUUAUAGUGGACUGGGAUGUGCAUCAUGGCAAUGGAACACAACAGGCUUUCUACAGUGACCCCAACGUGUUGUACAUUUCAUUGCAUCGCUACGAUGAUGGCAACUUCUUCCCUGGCAGUGGAGCCCCAGAUGAGGUUGGGACCGGUGCAGGAGUCGGAUUUAACCUCAACAUGGCCUGGACUGGAGGUCUGGAUCCACCAAUGGGAGAUGCUGAAUAUUUGACUGCAUUUAGGACAGUAGUGAUGCCCAUUGCUAAUGAGUUUGCCCCUGAUAUGGUGCUUGUGUCUUCUGGAUUCGAUGCAGUAGAAGGACACCCUGCCCCUCUUGGAGGUUACAAAGUCUCUGCUAAGUGUUUUGGCUACCUUACCAAACAGCUGAUGGGCCUGGCUGGAGGCCGUGUCGUGCUAGCCCUGGAAGGGGGCCAUGAUCUCACUGCCAUUUGUGAUGCCUCAGAAGCAUGUGUUUCUGCUUUACUUGGAAAUGAGCUGGAGCCAUUCACACAAGAAGUGUUGCAGCAAAGACCAAAUCCCAAUGCUGUUCGUUCCAUUGAAAAUGUAAUUGAAAUACAAAGUAAAUACUGGAAGUCGUUACAGCGCUUUUCCUCAACUGUGGGCUAUUCGCUGAUAGAGGCCCAGAGGUGUGAUAAGGAAGAAGCUGACACGGUGACAGCUAUGGCUUCAUUGUCAAUGGGGGUUAAACAAGGAUCUAAUACUGAGAAGAGGCCAGAUGACGAACCCAUGGAGGAAGAGCCACCUAUGUAGUUACCAGCUUUUGCACACAAUAUCUUUAUUUCUCUAACUCUGCCAAGACUUCAUUCUGUAUCUCCUGUGUCCUGCUGUGGUGUUCUUCCAGAAUCCAAGGACAACUGGGCAAAAUGCUGGCAAUAAAAAAAAGUAAAAGUUUUUUUUACCUCUCUGUCCAUUCCUGAAAUAGGCUUGUGGGACAGCCAGCAUUUACUUUGGCAGAGUCACCAAGGAGAUGUAAUCUCAAAGCUCUGCUCUGAGUUUACCUACUUAAAACUUCUCCUGUCUCAGGCAGUCAACCACUGUUUCUAAUGUUCUUGUCCUUUAGCAAAGGAUUUAAUGCCACCUACAAGUCCGGAUGUGUUGAUUGUAAUCUCAACAAAAUCAUGUGACAUACAGUAAUUAUUCAGAGAACAUUUACAGUGUGGAGAGAGACUAUACCAGAAUGGAAGAGAACCAAGAGGGUGUUUUCUAAGAAUCCCUAUGAAGACAUGAGCGUUUGUGCCUUUUUAUCAACAGUUGGUUGCUGAUUUUGAAUUGAGGAACAAUGCCUUAAAAGUGUGGAAAUGAUUCCUCCAUUGUUAUGUGGAAAAAUGGUGAUGAAGAAGCCUUGUGUUUCCUGGCAUGUGUGCAAAAAAAAUCCAAGAUCCAGUCUUUGCCUGGAUUUUCAUACCCUAUUGGAGUACCAUUUUUGCUGUUUGUCCAAACAAAUCCUAACCUAUUUUAAGGUAGUUGCCAGUCCAGAGUGGCAGAUAUACUGUUGGAAAUUGUCAGGUUAUCAUUAAAACCUGCUUUAAUUCUUAUGCUGGGUUAUGUAACAGAGUAGUAUAGGGAAUCAACCAAUAACAAAGCAUGUGUUAGGUUGAACUGCAACAGGUAAACGUUUAAAAAUUGGAAUGUUGCUCAAAAGCAUGAUGCAGGAUUUUUUUCCAAACUUCCACUUCGGUGGUCCUCAUUUCUAAUAGAAACUGAAAACCAAUAAUAAUCUCUUAUCCAUUAGACAACAAGAGGCUUUUGAUGAUAAGACCAGGUAAUUUGUUAAUAAUACAGGAGAUAAUCAUGUACAAAUGUUUUCUUAGACCAAGUUUGAUUUUAUUUGAUGGGCACUUACAGGGAAAACGAUGGCUUUUUACUGACGAUGGGAAAAGAUGGAUUGUGGAUACUUAGAGGAGUACCUCACUAUGAAAGUUUGUGGUCAGCCAACAUGUUUAAGUCACUUGGCAACUACCUUAAUCAUUGCUUUUUUUUAAAAAUUUGUGUUUAUUUUUACUCCUGGUAAACCAUUUAACAAAUAAUAUCUACUUUUAUAUAAAGAAAUCCUUACAAGUUUUUAAACCAUGUUUCAUAAGACCUAAUAACUUGUUUUUUUUUAAUUACUUUUUUGGUAAGAAUUCCAGUUACCUUUACCACUGAUAUUUUUCUGAAAUCCUUCUGUUCUCUUCAUGACUUUUUUUUGUGGUUAGUCCUUGGUUCCAGUCUAAUUUUAAUUUUCCUUAUUUUUUUCCUACAUGGAACGUAGCUUUCUGACAGCUUAAAAGGAGUGUACUGGAGAUUUUCAGGAGAAAGUAAUUUGAGUGAGGGAUCUUGUUCAAACUUUGUGUAAUGAUUCCAGUUGGUGUAUAUUACUAUAUGAUCUGUUCUAAGUAGAUUUAUAAAUGAAGUCUUGUAAGAAUAGUAUUGCAAGGUGAUAUCAUACCCAUUUAAAUAUGAGUAAUACUACAGUGAUACUAUAUUUGAUAUUUGUAACUGGUUGCACUGCAGAAGGCUGCCGUUUGCUAAGGGGGAGUUAGCAUUAAGGUUUUCAGUUGCUCCACUCUGAAACCAAGGAAGGAAGGUUGUUAUUUGGAUUUUGUCCAAAGACUGACUUUUUACAGUAUGAUCUGUGAGCUGUGUUUAUCAGCUAUUGACAGGGGUGGAAAGUGCUUGGUCCUGGGCCCAUGUUUGAUUCCAUUCUGCAGUUGAUUGGGUUGGCCCCAGAAUGUGACAAAUGCUGGUUGAAGCCUUGGCUGUAAAACAGCAUUAUCGCUACAGUGUGGAAGAAGGUGCACUAUCCUGUCAUCUGUUCAUGUACACAAGCACGCUCACUCUUGGAAUUUAUGGAACAACUGACAUUGGGGGUCAUUAACUAGUAACUUUUUUCUCUAUGAGUAAAUGGUUUUCAUUCCUCCUUUUGUAAUGGUUGCUUGAAGCUUAAUGAAUUUAGCGCUGUGAGGAGUAUGUGGAGCAUGUGUGUGUGUGUGUGAGAUGUUUGGCAACACUGAAUAAGGGCACUACUGUAUUUUUGUUUUAAAACAGAUUUACACAACAUAAAAUAUAACCAGCUGUAAUCUUUAAGACAGUGUUCCACACUUUCUAUAGGAUUAUGUAUGUUUGAUUGCAAAGCAAUUAACACAUCAAUUCUGUGACUUUUAAGAAACUGUUUGCAUCUACUCUUGAUGUUAAACAUUCCUUUAAAUAAGUGGGAGUUAUGUAUUCAUUCCUUCUUUUGAUAAGGUGAAUUUAAACAUUGUUUUAAGAGGGCCCAUUGUUUGUUUUCUUUUAAGGGGCAUUGAACUGUUUUCUUUUUCAUAUGGAAGAUAGUGAGCUUGCAUGUGCCACAAGCAGAGAUACCAUUUGUUCUGUACAGGUAUGCACGCAAUUUGCGAAGUUGUUUCCAGGGCAGCUUACCGAGUUUCGCUUUCUUUCUUCAUGGCAUCUGAAGAUGAGGUUUUGACAUUUUUUCUGAUGAAUAUAUUAGCAAACCUCAGAAAGAGAUGCCUCUGUCUUAUUGAAAUAUCUUCAAAUAUCAGUCUCUUUAAUACUGUUAUAACACGAUACUUAAAUUUGACAAAAAAUAAUCUAGCACUUGUGUCAUUACCAGUAGAAUAUUGCAUAACCUGCAUAUAAAGUUUUAAGAACACACAGCAAAAAAAUGGUAAAACUGUUAACUGCCUGUGUCUUCUUGGGGCCAACCCUUUUGAGACGAGCAUUUUUUUUUUCUGGACUAAGUAUUUAAGAUCCAUAAACAGUUAACCUUUCAGCGCAGCUGUUCUUUAUCUCUGCCACCAUAAAUCGUGUAGCGGUAAUCCACUUAGCAGUUGUGUAUUGUGAUCGAUGUGGAUGAAUAUUUACUAAGAGAGGUUUUUUGGGGGCGGUAUUGUAGUUACGAAGCAGGAGCGAUGGCUACCUGUCAGCCUCACUUUCCUCCGUGUUUUGAUAUUGACUGCAAAGUAUCACGUUACGAUGUAUUACAUUUUGUGCUCCAUAGUGGAGGCGCCUUUUGUUUUCUUUUCCAGUUUGAGGGGAUGAAAAAUGAGUGAGAUGGAUUUUAAAGUUUGUUCACCCAAAAACUUUUAUUUCAGGUAUGUAGUGAUGGAAGUUGUAAUUAUAUUUUAACCUUCUUUGUACCUAUCCACAUUCAAAAUGACACCACCAUUGUUAUCAGUACCAGUGAACUGAUUUUCUGUAUUUUAGCCACAAUCAAUUAUUGUAUGGACCUACUUUAUUGGUGAUAGCCUUAUUGUGGUAGCUUUUGAUGGUCUUCAUUUGCCUGUUGAAAUGGGUCAGGCUUUCAGUCUGACCAAUGAUGUAUCUCCUUGACAGUACAGACUUCAUUUUUGACUUUAUUAGGAGUCCAGUAUUUUGUACCACAUUAUGACAACUUGCUAUUGUGGUGUAAAUAAAACUAAUUACAACAUUA